CUAUUUUCCUGACACUGACUGGUGUUCCAAAUCUCUGGUCAUUUCAGUUGCGAUUGUCGGGCUGCAUUGCAGAGGCUCGUUCCCCACCCCAGACCCACCAUGCCGCACAGGAGUCAGAUCUUAUGGGGAGUUCUCCUGGCUUCCUUGCUACCACUAGCUCUGGGCCACAAUGUGUUCCUCAAUAGCCAGCAGGCUAUGUCUGUCCUGAAACGAUCUCGUAGAGCUAAUACUUUUUUGGAGGAGGUAAAGCAGGGGAAUAUGGAAAGAGAAUGUAUGGAAGAGUUGUGUGACUAUGAGGAGGCAAGAGAGAUAAAGGAGUCCAAAGUGGAAACGGAUGCAUUCUGGUCCCGGUAUAUAUCUUGUCAUCCUGAAAAGAAGCCAUCAAGGCAAUCAUUUGAUCUCUGUAUAGCAGGUGACUGCGCGGAGGGCAUUGGAACAAACUACAUAGGAAACCUCAGCAUCACCAGAUCUGGACGACUUUGUCAGUACUGGGCCAGCAACUUUCCCCACAAGACAAAGAUUAACCCACUCACCCACCCGAACAAGUCCUUAACGGAGAACUUUUGUCGAAACCCGGAUGACAAUCCAUUGGGACCAUGGUGCUACACGAAGGACCCCGUAAAAGCCAGAGAGGAGUGUGCAGUGCAGAUAUGUGGUAAGAAAGAGACUACAGUUGAGCCUAUAAAACCACAGGUGGAAAAAGCGAAGGUGGAUGACACAACCUGUGAGAUGAAUCGUGGCUUGCAAUAUGAGGGGACGCUGGCGGCCUCAGUGUCAGGUCUGCCGUGCUUGCCCUGGAACUCACCAGCAGUUGAGGUGCACAGCCGUAAGGACUUCCUGAAAGAGGUUGUGCUGAAAGAAAAUUACUGCAGGAACCCGGAUGGGGAUGACGAGGGCGUAUGGUGCUAUGUAUCACACCCCAAUAAAACGUUUGAAUAUUGCAACUUAAAUUAUUGUGCUGAGGAACCAUGUUCUGACUGCGGCCAAGGAGGCCAGGCAGGCCGCACAGACGAUACGCAGCACAAGACAUUCUUUGAUGCAGACUAUUUUGGUCAAGGAGAGGCAGUGUGUGGACUGAGGCCACUCUUUGAACAGAAGAAAAUAGAGGACAAUACCGAGCACGAUCUCCUGGACUCCUACAUCCAAGGCCGAGUUGUUAAUGGAGAGGAGGCCAAGCAAGGUAGUGCACCAUGGCAGGUGAUGUUGUUUAAGAGAAGUCCUCAGGAGCUGCUUUGUGGGGCCAGUCUCAUAAGUGACCGCUGGGUGCUGACAGCUGCUCACUGCAUCUUCUACCCUCCCUGGGAUAAGAAUUUCACAGUUGACGACCUUCUGGUGCGGAUAGGAAAACACUAUCGUACAAAGUACGAGAGAGCAACAGAGAAAAUUCUGCAGCUUGAGCGCAUUAUUGUUCAUUCCAAAUAUAACUGGAAAGAAAAUCUUGACCGCGAUAUUGCACUUAUGCAACUGAAAAAGCCUCUAAGCUUCACCAACUAUAUCCAUCCUGUCUGCCUGCCCACUCUGGAGAUCGCACAGAGGUUAGAGCAUUCGGGCCACAAAGGUAGAGUUACAGGAUGGGGGAACCUUAAGGAAUCAUGGACGACGGGAGGCCCACAGCUGCCCCAGAUCCUACAGCAGAUAAACCUUCCCCUUGUCGACCAGGAUAAAUGCAAAGCCUCCACUAAGAUAAAAGUAACAGAAAACAUGUUCUGUGCAGGUUACAGUCCUGAGGACGACACAAGAGGUGAUGCCUGCGAAGGGGACAGUGGAGGUCCCUUUGUCAUGAAGGACCCAAUAACCGGCCGCUGGUACCAGAUGGGCAUUGUGUCAUGGGGUGAAGGAUGUGACCGUGACGGGAAGUACGGUUUCUACGCAAAUGUGCGCCGCCUGCGAAAAUGGAUUAUGAAGUCCAUAGAGAGUUAGAGCAACAGGGAUGUUCCUAUGCACUGAUCUGCCAAACCAUAGACCAUGAGGCUUCUCAUUGUAUUCCAACUCAGCGUAACCAAGCAGUCUUUAUGCAUGUCAAUAAAAUGGUUGAAACACUU